AUCCGGCUCCGCCCUGACGUCACAGUGACAGCGUCGACAAGAUGGCGCGAGCUGGGCGUUUAGCGUAGUGAAGGAUAUGAGGAAGUGGACGAUGUCGACGCCGUUUCUUUAGCCACCGGAUGCGAGCGACGUCUUUGGCUCCGCGCGCCAUCGUCGCGGUUACCGCACAGUCCGUAGGCCGCGCGGCCAGCAGGCAGACCGGCGCGCGCCGAGUCGAAAAGGAUCCGUGAGAGGAGAAAACGACGACAGUAACUGUCGCGUCCCCGGACACAUCACUUACCUUCAUCUUCAUCUUCAUCUUUGUAUAGAAACUUUGUCAUUUUUCUCCCUCCCCCCCCCCGAGCCGAGCGGAUGUCUGAUCGUUGGCUCGUGGCUGCGUAAAAAGCUCGCGGUGGGGCGCGCGGGACCGGACCGCAGGAGGAGACGUGCGUGUUCUGCGCGAGUCGUCUUUCUUUCUUCGUCCGCGGGACCUGCAGUUUCUCCGUGGAUGUUGUUUUCGUCAUCAUUGCGACUUCAUCAUUAUCAUUAUCAUUAUUAUCAUCAUCAUCAUCAUCAUCAUCAUCAUCGCGGCUUCGUAAUCAUCACGGGAUCAAACCGCGGUGCAGGAGGGCGACGUCGCGAAGUUCGUAACACGCGUGAGGUGUACGUGACGUCAUGGCGCACUCGCCGGUGCAGGGGGGUCUGCCGGGGAUGCAGAACUUGAAGGCGGACCCCGAGCAGCUGUUCAACAAGAUGGAGCGGAUUGGCAGGGGCUCGUUUGGCGAGGUCUUCAAAGGCAUCGACAGGCGCACGCAGAAGGUGGUGGCCAUCAAGAUCAUCGACCUGGAGGAGGCGGAGGAUGAGAUUGAGGAUAUCCAACAGGAGAUCACUGUGCUGAGCCAGUGCGACAGCCCCCACGUCACCAAGUACUACGGCUCCUACCUCAAAGGCACAAAGUUGUGGAUCAUCAUGGAGUAUCUGGGUGGAGGCUCUGCGCUGGACUUGCUGGAGCCUGGUGCCCUGGACGAGACGCAGAUUGCCACCAUCCUGCGCGAGAUCCUGAAGGGGCUUGAGUACUUGCAUUCCGAGAAGAAAAUUCACAGAGACAUUAAAGCGGCGAAUGUGCUGCUCUCCGAGCAGGGUGAAGUGAAGCUGGCAGACUUUGGCGUGGCCGGCCAGCUCACAGAUACGCAGAUCAAGCGGAACACGUUUGUGGGCACGCCCUUCUGGAUGGCCCCUGAGGUCAUCAAGCAGUCGGCCUACGACUCCAAGGCAGACAUCUGGUCGCUAGGGAUCACGGCGAUCGAGCUGGCCAAAGGUGAGCCCCCCCACUCGGACCUGCACCCCAUGAAGGUGCUGUUCCUCAUCCCGAAGAACAACCCCCCCACACUGGAGGGCAAUUAUAGCAAGCCGCUCCGAGAGUUUGUGGAGGCCUGCUUGAACAAGGAGCCCAGCUUUAGACCCUCAGCCAAAGAGUUGUUAAAGCACAAGCUAAUUGUGCGUCACGCUAAGCGGACGUCCUACCUGACCGAGCUCAUCGACCGCUACAAGCAGUGGAAGAGCCAGAGAAGCCGCGAGGAGUCCAGCUCGGACGAGUCUGACUCGGAGCCAGAUGGACAGGCUUCGGGGGGUAAUGACUUUUCCAGUGAUGACUGGAUCUUCACUAUUCGGGAGAAAGAUCCCAAAAAGCUGCAGAAUGGAGCCAGUAUGGCAGGAGACCAGGACGCUCCUAAGAGACUGUUAUCACAGAGCCUGUCCACUAUCAUUACUCCAGUCUUCACAGAGCUGAAGGAGAGGGGCAGUGAGACCCCAGUAAAGCCCAGUGUGUUGGAGGAGCUGGAGGAGUCCAUUUUCCUUGCUGAGGAGGCAUAUCCAGGGAUCUCUGAUGCCAUGGUGACCCAGCUCAUACAGAGACUGCAACGGUUCUCCAGAACGAGGACUUCCUCUUCUCAUCAGUGAUUGGUUCACUUGAUAUGUCCAUCAUGUUGUGGCCCCUCCCUCAGGAAUCAGCUCAGCCAAUCCCAGCACCAGCAGACUCUGUGAUGUCUCCUCUGGAGGACUGGUUGUCCCUCAGGCUGCUGCUGCUUUUUUAAAUUAUUUAAACUCUGGGCUCUUCAGACACAACAGAGAGGGUGGGUGUGUGUGGGGGUGUGUGUGUGUGGGGGUGUGUGUGGACGACCCCACCCCCACCACACACACUCUGGUUGGGUUACAGAUGAGUGGCCACAAGUCACAUAGCCAAGCGUAGAGCACUAGACUUCACUAGUACAUCCAAUGUGUGGCCACCCACUUCCAGAAGCUUCUAAGAAUGCCACAACAUCACCGAGAAAUUAAUGCUGCAGCCCUAAGGAUGUCAGGUUCUGAAUGGUGUGUGUGUGUGUGUGUGUGUGUGAGAGUGAAUGAAUGAGCAGGGUAGGCUUGGGAGGGGUGUCUGAGCCUUCAUGCAAAAGCAGAUUCAGUGGUCUCGCUGAAGUCUCGGGUGACCUGGGUUCAGUAGUUGACAUGUUCUGGAGGACCUUGGGUGACCUGGGUUCAGUAGUUGGGGUGUUCUGGAGGACAGGUCUGGCUUGGUGGGGACAUCAUGUACACGUGUAUAUAGACUUGGUUUUACAUGCCUUUUGGAUUAUGGGGUUUUUGGAUUAUGGGGUUUUUGCAACAAUGAAUCACUGUGCACAGAUGGCCACAAGCUUCUGUAGAUAUUGUUAGUAAAAAAUACAUUUAAAAAGAUGGUAAACCAUAAUUUAAAAAGCAAAUCACUCAAAUGGCCAUUACUGAUAUCGCGUUGCCUUUUUAUCAAAUGUGCAUUUUGGGGUUGAACUGUUAAUUUUAAUAUGAAAUGAAAGGGUUUUAAUCAUAAAUAAUGCUCUUUGUCCAAGCAA